ACAUUUUGCAUUCAAAUUUAUUAAAAACUUGUGUUGGCUACUUUUAGGCUCUUACGUUUUCAAAAUUGGCUACUUUGGGCUACUCGAGCGCCAUCAUUCGGCUACUAGUGACGACAAAUUACUGGCAACACUGGCCUUAACCUAACUAAUGCAUCGCGCAAGGCAGCGCAAGGAGUCGCGUGGCAAAUGAUGCAAUAAAAUGGGAUAUUUUGGUUGAUAAAUUCGUGACACGACGGAUGACACGACGCGUGACGCGUCCAGUGGGAACUCACCCUCUACUCGCGAAUUUUCCAGUACCAUCCAGUACUUCCAGUCGCUUCAUUCGUUUCAAGAGUGUGAGAUUGUUAGAGGUUAUCAAAUGGCGAUAAUCAUGUCAGAUGCGAAGAUAUUGUCGCCACUUGUCACCAGUUAACACGACGAAGCAUAAGAAAUUAGUGUAUUUCUGUGGAAAUCGUCAUAGAUCAUCCAAGAAAACGAGAAGCGAGCGAAUUCCUUACGCAGAGAACAUAUUGGUGAAACUCAUGUAUGUCACGUUACAAAACGAAAAAUCGUCUCGACGAACCGACUACAGCCACAUCAUCUGGCCUUGAUGAAAAUACACAAUCAGCUGUCCCUAAUGCCUGCUCUUCAUAUCUCUUGAUGACAACAAAAUCAUCUUUCCGCUCACCAGUUACAUUCUAAUUAUUAUUAGAGAAAAGGCUUGACAAAGGAUUUAUUUGAUCUUAAAACGCUCGUAAUCGUAAUUUGAUGAAAUUACAUCUAUUCUUGCCAUUUGGCUGAAGACAGAUCCAUAAAACCUGCAAGUUUCAUCGAGUUCGAUGCGAUGUGAUAUGUUAUCAAUUUGAAAGAAGAUAAUGUUCUAUAUAUAUAUUCUAUAUAUAUAAAAGAAAUAUAGAAAUAAGUUAAAAAGGAAAGACGGGAAAAAAAUCUUCAGAGAACUCACAUGGUGUACUUUCUGUUCAUACUUUCAAUAAUGAUGGGAUUGUUGAAAUGAGAUAGAUAGUUGGAAAAAUUUUUGGUGGACCAUGUGCGCUACUAGGAGCUUGAGAUCUUGACAAAAGAGAGAAUUUAUUUUUUUUUAGCAAACAAUGGCUUGUGAUGCUCUUAUUUGGGGACUGUUGUUUGUGGGAUGCAGCAUACAGGCAUUAUGGGCUAUAUCCGAAGAUGAUCCAUCGGAGUAUAUGAAUAAGGAAGAGAGAGAAGCUUUAAAAGAAGAAGCAAGGGAUAUGUUUUAUCAUGCAUAUAAUGCAUACAUGGAUAAUGCAUAUCCUGCUGAUGAAUUGAUGCCAUUAAGCUGCAAAGGACGAUAUAGAGGCUCUGAACCGAAUAGGGGUGAUAUAGAUUCUACAUUGGGAAAUUUUUCACUUACUUUGGUAGAUACACUGGAUACAUUAGUGGUACUGGGAGAUUUGGAAGAAUUUGAGAAUGCAGUUAAACUUGUUGCUAGAGAUGUAAGCUUUGAUACAGAUGUUAUUGUUUCCUUAUUUGAAACAAAUAUUAGAAUGCUUGGAGGUCUCAUCAGUGGUCAUAUAUUAGCUGAAUAUCUACAACAAAGAGCUGAUAUAAUGCCAUGGUAUAGAGGAGAACUUUUGGACUUGGCUAAAGAUUUAGGAUAUAGAUUUUUACCUGCAUUUAACACAACUACUGGAAUACCUUAUGGCAGAGUAA